AUGACGAAGAUGAACAGUCUCACCCUCCAAAUUCUCAAGGGGCGGAGAUUGAUGAUGUUCGGGUCUCUUUUGAUUAUGAACUCGGCUGGUUUGAGCUACAUCUUCGGCCUUUACUCGGGCGAAAUCAAGUCCUCGCUUGGCUAUGACCAAUCCACCCUCAAUUUGAUCGGCUUCUACAAGGACUUAGGUGCCAAUAUCGGUAUCGUCUCUGGCCUAAUCAAUGAGGUCACACCCCCAUGGGUUGUCUUAGCAAUUGGUGCUGUUUUCAACUUUUUUGGAUACUUCAUGAUAUGGCUUGGCGUGACUGAAAGAAUAGCCAAGCCCUUGGUUUGGCAUAUGUGCUUAUACAUAUGCAUCGGUGCAAAUUCACAACCUUUUAUCAACACUGGAGCCCUUGUCACUUCCAUAAAGAAUUACCCUGAAAGUCGUGGAAUUCUUAUAGGUGUUUUGAAGGGUUACACGGGUCUAAGUGGGGCUGUAGUUACACAGGUGUACCAUGCUCUCUAUGGUGAAGACCCAAAGUCUUUGAUUUUGUUAGUAGGGGUUAUUCCAGCAGUUGUAUGUGUGAUUUUUCUUCCAACCAUGCGGAUCAUGAACGCUCCUCGGCAACCAAACGAGCUCACACUUCUCUAUCAUUUCCUUUAUAUUUCGCUUGGUCUCGCUGGGUUCUUGAUGAUUAUAAUCAUAAAAGAAAAAAUGACCACCUUUUCACAAAGUCAAUACGGAGGGAGUGCAGUCGUGGUACUUUUCUUGCUGUUUCUACCUAUUGCAUUUGUCAUUAGGGACGAGUAUAAGGCUUGGAAGAGCAAGAGAGAAGCCAUAAAGAACGACCAUUCAGUAAUUAUUUCUAAUGAGAUUCAACAAUUUUCAGUCACAAAACCAAGUGAUGGUGCUGAUAAAAGCGUCAGACUUUCUUGUUGGCAAACAGCUUUUCAGACACCAGAGAGAGGGGAGGACUAUACGAUAUUACAAGCAAUUUUUAGCAUUGACAUGUGGCUGAUUUUAUUGGCUUCAAUGUGUGGCCUAGGGGGAACUUUAACGGUAAUAGACAAUUUGGGUCAGAUUGGAGCUUCCUUACGAUAUCCAAAGAAAAGCAUAAGCACUUUUGUGUCACUUGUGAGCAUUUGGAACUACCUCGGACGUGUGGUCUCAGGUCUUGUCUCAGAAAUUUUAAUUAAAAGGUACAGAACCCCACGCACUCUCAUACUCACUUUGACUCUCCUACUGGCCUGUGUUGGUCACCUCCUAAUCGCGUUUGAUUUACCCAAUGGUAUCUAUUUUGCAUCGGUGAUUAUUGGGUUUUGUUUUGGUGCACAAUGGCCAUUGCUCUUUGCUAUGAUUUCUGAACUUUUUGGCCUGAAGUACUACUCUACACUAUUCAAUUUUGCGGCUAUAGCUAGUCCAAUUGGGUCUUAUCUAUUCAACGUGCGGGUCGCUGGGUAUUUAUAUGACAAGGAAGCUAAGACGCAAAUGGCAGCCUUGGGGCUUGUAAGGAAGGCGGGGGAGGACUUGAAGUGUACUGGGGUUGAGUGCUUCAAAUUGUCUUUCAUUAUCAUUGCUGCCAUGACCUUUUUAGGCACAAUUGCUUCGUUCAUUUUGACGCUAAGGACUAAGAAGUUUUAUAAGACUGACAUUUAUAAGAAGUUCCGCGAGCCACAGGUGGAGGAAGAAGUUAAGUAA